UUUUCAAAUUUAACAAAAUAAUUAACAACAUUCACGAUUGUACAACAUUUACAACAAUUUCAUCGUCCUUCAAACCAUUCAAAUCACUAUCAGUGAUUGUAAAAUUACGUUAUUACAAUAAUUAAAAUGCAUGUAUGUAAAUACGAAAAUAUACGAAGAAAACUAAAAUUAAUGCACUUGCGUUAAUUAUUGGUCACUGCAACUAUUACACCAUAAAAUCGAGAAAGCCAUCAAUCCAUAAAACCUAAAAGACAGACGUGAAAAAAAAAAAAAUGUUGGUUACUAAAUUGACGGCGAUUAUUGCUCAAAAAAUGCCGAGACUUAUACCCUAGAUUUUGGUGUAAUAAUUGCACAGAUGUGAACGGUUUACAAGGUUUUCUGUUCACUCAGGCCGAAGCCGAGUAUCGAUUAACACGUUUUAAAGACAAGCGAAAUGUUUAAUUUAUUCUUUCUGUUGUUGGUUAUUGAUUUUGGUGAUUGUCAUCAACAUGCGAAUAUUCCUUUGCGCGGGUUAAGAACCGUCAGUGCGUUAAGAUUUAGAAAUGUCCGGAGAUCGGUUAAUAGUGAUGUUAAUAAACGAGACUUGAUUGUUAAACAUAAACUUCAGCCAGUAUUAGACCCGAAAACCCCAUUUUUCUGUCCAUUAAACAACACACGCAGCAAAACCCGUCCAACGUCCGUCCACCAGCUCAGGCCUGGUGAUAUCGACGUUAUUGGUGCUAUUGGCGACUCCUUGAGUGUUGGAGUCGGCUUAACGGCCACUAAAAUCUCCCAGGUUUACUACCCCAAUCGGGGAUUGUCACCAACGGCAGGUGGUCAGAGCAAUUGGAGGGAAUUCUUGACGGUCGCCAACAUACUGAAGGAGUUCAACCCGAAACUGAAGGGCUACGCUGAGGAGGCGUCGUUAAACACGCACAAACAGGCUCAGUUCAACGUCGCCCAGACCGGCGCCAUGUCCAUGGACGUUCCACACAUGACCAGACUCCUGGUCAAAAGGAUUAAGAGUCAUCCUUAUGUCAAUUUUGAGGAGGACUGGAAGUUGAUCUCCUUAAUGAUUGGACCGAACGAUUUCUGCCUGAACAUUUGUUACCAACCAGACUUGAACGAAGUUUUGGAAAAACACAGGAGAGAUCUAAUUAAAACCUUGAGGAUUUUAAGAGAUUCCAUUCCAAGAACUUUCGUCAUGCUUGUUCCAGCUCCAAAUUUGAAGACACUCAUAGAAUUCACAAACCGUCCGGUACAAUGUUACCUUAACCAACUUCUAGUUUGUCCGUGUUUGAUCGGUGAACGUUUCAAAAAAUUCAGACCGGACUUCAUUGAGCUGAUGACCAAAUGGCAAAAUAUCGAACUAGAAGUGGCCGAUUUGGAAGAAUUCGAUACUGAUACUUUUACUGUAGCUGUACAACCUUUCACCAGAAACAUGGGAUUCCCAAAAACUCCUGACAACAUGACUGACUACACCUUUUUGUCCGAAGACUGUUUCCACUUCAGUCAAAAGGGAAACGCCAUGAUUGCCAAUUCUUUAUGGAACAACUUGUUACAGCCAGUAGGAAGAAAACAAAUAACUGAAACGAGGUUGUUCGAUUAUUUUAUAUGUCCAACUGAAGAAAAUCCUUACAUUUUCACUAAGAGAAACAGUUUAAGUACAUAUCUGUGAUUGUUUAGAGAUAUAUUUUUAAGUAGAUUAGAGUUUGGUUUAAUUUUAAAGUGCCAA